AUGAGCGAAUCAGAAGAAAGCAGUAUGGUCCUUCUAAUGACAGCAGAGAAGAAAGUGAAGGAACUUGUUCUGUACAUCUCGGAGUUGCAGAAAGAAAAUGCCAGUUUAAGAAAUGACAUUACUGCCGUAAAGCAAUCAUUUUCUGAGGAGUUAGAGGAUUUAAAACAAAAGUGUGAUUCUUCAACAAAGCAGUGCAUUGAAAUGGAGAGAGAAAUGAAUCGAAUGAGUUCCAUUCAUCAACAAGAGCUAUGUGAUGCCCAAAACGAAAUCUUAUACAAAUCUCAAGAAUUAACAGCCCUCCAACACUUGUGUGAAACGAAGACAAGUGAAAUAGGUUCCCAUAUUCCCUCCGCAUUAACUGUAGCUUCUCUCCAAGAAGCAAUCGCUCUCUCCAAGCCUGUGCUUCCUGCAGAAGCAUCGGAAUCGAAGAAUUCUCAGCAGUUUUCUUACGUCGAUAGCAAACUCCAAAAAAUCCAGCGGCGCUUGCUGGAAGUGCACUCCGCCUGUGAGCAAGUGGUACGACUGCACGUUCACGGUCAUUCAAAGGAGAACCAGUCGAAGCAGCAAUCGGAGUUGCUUGGUCUGUACAAGCAGAACACGCAGUGGUUGUUUCAGCUGCUCGUCGAGGCCAUUUCCCGCAUUGUGCAACUGCAGACUUGUUCUGCUUCUCCCCUUCCAAGGGAAGAAGCUCCGUCCAAAGAGCCCAUGGCACCGGCGAUUCCUUCUCCACUACAGGAGAAGCCGAUCGAAGAAGACGAGGCUCCCAAACUAUCCGAGCGAUUGGACUGUUACGAGAAGCAGAUUCAGGCUCUGGAGAAAAUCAUUCAGCAGCAAACCGAAACGAUCGAGCAGGCUUCGAGCAAAGAAGCGAAGGCAGGAAUGGAAAAAGAGCAAAAAGAAGGAGAAGAUCAACACGCUGAAGCUGCUGCUCUCUUUUCUGAAGCCGUAGCGACGGUGAAAGCGAACCUGGAGACUCGGAUUCGACUUUUGGAAGAAGAGCUUGCGCUACUGAAAAAGAGAACCCCUCCCGUGCUUCUUCAGUUGGAUUCGCCCGUAGCCAAGAGAUCUAGUCAUUCUGAAGCCACUCAUAAGACUGGAGAAUCCUAUCCACCUGUAAAGAAGCAAGAAAAGACCCAUUCCGAUGAUUCGAAAGUGGAAAAGACGCUCUUCGAGUGA